AUGUCUCGGGAGGCUGCGGGCGUGAAGAGUCCUGAGUGUGUUAUUAUGGAAGAGAGGUCUGAUGAUGAGUUUAAAUAUGAGGUGGCCCUGGAGCCGGGGUGUGUAGAGCUGCCUGUGCACAGUACUGCAGGCAAGGAGGCAGAAGACCCUUUGAGGAUGGAGAGUGGCUCGGACGAGGCCGAGGAGUUCAGGUUCGAGGUGGCCGUGGAGCCCGAGAGUGUGCUUGUGCCCGGCGACAUCGAGACCCUUCACGCCGAAUCUCGCCCCUCCAUGCUCCCGCUUCGCGAUCACGACGCCGCCGACACCACAAACUCUGAAGAGGAGCAGGAAGCUUACACUGACUCUCCACAAAACGCAGAGAACGUCUGUGACAACUGCGGGAGAGCAUACGCACACAAACGAAGUCUCAUUCGUCACAUGGUGAUCUGUCUGCCCGGCACUAUACCCAACCCUAAUAUAAUCAGUCAAAGCACCACGAGGGCAAAGAAGUUCACCUGCGAAAUAUGCCAAGAAACCUGCCACGAUUUCGAACAUUUAAAGAGUCAUAUCCGAAGCCACACAGGAGACAAACCAUUCACAUGCGAAAUUUGCAACAAAGAAUUCUCGCUUUUAUACUAUCUGAAGAAACAUAAGCGAAUUCACGCCGGGGAAAUAUCGUGCGAAGUGUGCAAUAAAGCAUUUGCGACACCUAGCCAUUUGAAACGACAUCAAUCAACCCAAAGGUGCGCAAAGACAUUCUCGUGUAAGCUAUGUGACGAGAAAUUUGCAACGAUAAGUAGUUUAAAUAUCCAUCAGCGGACUCACACUGGUGAGAAAAUAUUUUCUUGCAAGAAUUGUCCGAAGAAGUUUACGAGCUCGAGCAACUUGAGGAUACACGAGUAUAUUCACAGUGGGGAGAAGCCGCACAAGUGCGAGUUCUGCAGCAAGCGGUUCACGCAGGUGAGCACUCUGAACAACCACCGGCGGAUACACACUGGUGAAAAACCAUACUCAUGCGAAUAUUGCUUGAAGAAGUUUGCGUUUUUAGGCAACUAUAAGGCACAUAAACUUAUUCACUUAUAACGACGUUAAAGUCUGUUAAGAAAUGAAAUAUUGAACGAAAACUAAUAUAUAA